AUGGCUGCUCAUCUUCGCGGCAUGCACAAGAUGGGGCAUGUCACCGGCAUCACUAAGGCUCCUAGUCCUGAGGAUAUUGUUGCCUACAAUAAAUGGGAUGACGACGAUGAUUGUUAUGAAACGUCCUUGCAUGAUAAAAAAUCAAGAAGAUAUUAUUUGAAAAAUGGAAGCAUCUUAUUAGAGGAUCUGAUUGCCUCUUGCGAUGGAAAAUCUAAUCCCAUUCGUCAUUACUCUGCUGAUGAACUCAUCACGGCAACCAACAACUUUGACCCUGUUAACCUUGUUAAACAGGAAGGAUAUUACAAAAUGUUCAGAGGAAUUCUCGAAAACCGAGAUGUUAUCAUUAAGAAGAUGGAGAUUAGGGAUCUUGCUAUUCGUGACCUUAUAAUAUCAAUGCAGAUGAGCACUCACAAGAAUGUUUCGAAACUACUGGGCUGCUGCUUAGAGUUCCGUGUGCCAGCAAUAGUGCACGAAUAUGCAGCGAAAGGAGUUCUCAACUCUAAAGGAGGUUAUGGGGAAAAUGAGUCCUUCCCAUGGAGAACUAGACUACGUAUCGCAAAGCAGGUUGCUAAUGCAGUUACAUAUCUCCAUACAGCCUUCCCCAGAACCAUUAUUCAUCGAGACCUAAAGCCUACAAAUAUUGUCUUGGACGCUGACUUUGCUCCCAAAUUAUUUAACAUCUCGACUUCCGUAACCAUUCCUCCUCAGCAAUCGCAUGUCGAAGAUCGUGUGAUUGGGACAUUCGGAUACCAUGACCCUGCGUAUUAUGCAUCUAGUAUGGUUACAUGAAAGACUGAUAUAUAUAGUUUCAGUGUUACUUCACUUGUUUUCUUGACGGGUCGAAUGGCUGUGCAACGAGAAACAGAAAGGGCGUCGACCAGCAUUGUGCCUUAUGCAAACUCACAUGCCUCCACUGACCAGUUUAAGAAGAUUGUGGAUCCUAAAAUACUGGAGGAGUUAGAAGGAGAAGAUAAUAAGCAAGCACAAGAACAACAUUUGCAUGAUUUCCUAACACUGGUAUUGUUAUGCACUGAAGCGAGACCAGACAUGAUCGAUGUCGCCAAGGAACUUGUACGAAUUGAGAAGUCUAUUAUUCCUUGUUAG